CGGUGCGCGUGCGCGGGGCGGGCGCGGGGAGCGCGGAGCGGUGCGGGGCUCAGUCACGCCGUGUGGGACCCACUCGGGGUGUGCGGGGCUCACUCCCUGUGUGCCGGGCUCUGUGCGCAUUGCGGAGCCCAGCACUGCCGCCGUGUCCCAUGUCGGCUCCGUUCGAGGAGCGCAGCGGGGUGGUGCCCUGCGUGACGCCCUGGGGCCGCUGGUACCAGACGCUGGAGGAGGUGUUCAUCGAGGUGCGCGUCCCGCCGGGCACCCGCGCCAAGGACGUGCGCUGCAGCCUGCGGAGCCGGCACAUCGCCCUGGCCGUGGGCGGGCAGGAGCUGCUGCAGGGUAAACUUUUUGACUCUACAGUAACUGAUGAAGGAACAUGGACCUUAGAAGACAGGCAGCUGAUAAGAAUUGUUCUAAUGAAGACAAAUAGAGAUGCUGGAAAUUGUUGGACCUCUCUGUUAGAAAAUGAAUAUGCUGCUGAUCCUUGGGUACAGGACCAGAUGCAAAGGAAACUUACACUGGAGCGAUUCCAAAGAGAAAACCCUGGGUUUGACUUCAGUGGGGCAGAAAUUUCUGGAAACUACAGCAAAGGAGGACCAGACUUUUCUAGUCUUGAAAAGUGAACUUUUUAUAUGUAACCCUUUAGACAAAUUAAAAGUUACAGUUAAGGACUGGAAUCAUGUAACUGUUGAAGACUUCUGUGAUCUCUUCAAUGGAUUGUUGUCAAAAGUAAUUACUUCAGUGAAGAGAAAGAAGAUCUUUUCCAACAGACUGAAGACAAAAUGAUACCAGCUGAUUUAUAAGCUGUGAUAACUUUAUGAUACUUAGGCACGAACUAUAGAGAAAAGUGUACCUAAAAAGUAACGUCUUUAAGCAGAA